CAGCCACAAUAUCAUCCGCGAGCUCCUUGUAGAAUCACCACGUAUCACGAUAUCGCCAAUGCCGUUGCGACUUGCACAGACAUCAUCCUCGAUUCCAUCGCCGUUCCACCCGCAAGCGCCAUCAAUCUACAGAAUCUAAAGAAUGGCGCCACCGUCACAUUUGCUGGAAAAACUACGUUUGGCACCACUGCGGACAACAACUUUGACCCAAUUAUUAUUUCCGGAGCUGGCGUUACCAUCACCGGCGCCCCUGGACAUGUCAUUGACGGCAACGGCCAGGCCUAUUGGGAUGGCCAGGGAUCCAACAAUCUCGCCAACCAGAAACCGGACCACUUCAUCGUUGUAAAAAAUACUUCGAGAUCUAAAGUCACGAAUCUUAACAUCACCAACUGGCCAGUUCAUUGUUUCUCGAUAACUGGGAACACUGACUUGACAAUUACCGGGCUGACGCUAGACAACUCUGCUGGAGACAAGCCCAACUCAAAGAGUGGCGGAAAGCCUGCGGCACACAAUACCGACGGUUUCGAUAUUUCGUCUAGUGAUGGCGUCACUCUAGACCAUAUUAAUGUUCAUAACCAAGAUGACUGCGUUGCUGUUACGUCUGGAAGCCGUGUCAUUGUGUCCAACAUGUACUGUUACGGUGGCCACGGUCUAAGUGUUGGCUCGGUGGGCGGCAAAAGCAACAACACCGUGGAUGGUGUAACGUUCCUUGAUUCCCAGGUCGUCAACAGCGAAAACGGAUGCAGAAUCAAGUCCAAUUCCAACACUAGCGGAAAGAUCAACAACGUCACCUAUCAGAACAUCACACUGAAAGGAAUCACAACUUAUGGCAUCGAUGUCCAGCAGGACUACCUCAAUGGUGGUCCCACUGGCAAGCCCACUAAUGGAGUAAAGAUGUCCAACAUCAAGUUCAUUGGCGUCACAGGCACAGUCAAAAGCUCGGCCUAUAACUACUAUAUCCUUUGUGGUGACGGCAGCUGCUCCAACUUUACAUUUCCUGGAACUCAUAUUUCUGGAGGUGGUAAAAGUAGCUGCAACUAUCCUACCAAGACGUGCCCGGCUUAA